UAGGUUCUUCUCAGGCAACAGCAGCAGAUCUGUCAGUCAACAGAAGAGUGAUGUGAAAGAUGCAUGGGCAGGGUCGCAUCUUUCUGCUCACCUACAUGGUGGCUGCUGCCAUCCCCACCUUGCUGGCUUUCAACAUGGAUGUAAAUGAUGCCACUGUCUAUAGUGGUGAACAAAAGGAUUUCUUUGGAUACAGAGUGCUUCAGUUCAUGUCUGGCACAAACAAAGGGAUCAUAGUUACUGCACCGCUGCAGCUAAAUGGAACCGGGGGAAUAUGCACACAUGUUGUUCAACACCAAACCCCCAAGUGCUUCAACCCCAAAGAAAUCUCGCCGGAAAAGGCGACACUACCAGUCAAGCACUUUGGCUUGUCGAUAGCUGAAGAUUCAACAGGCUCCCAUUUCACUGUUUGCAGUCCAAGUGUCGUCCAUGAAUGUUAUGGGAACUCCUAUCUGAACAGUGUGUGUUACAAUAUGACAGAUCAACUUCAGCAAGUCUCCUCAUUCACACCGGCUUUUCAAGAAUGCACAAAAAAGACAGUGGACCUAGUCUUUCUUUUCGAUGGAUCCGGGAGUAUGAAGGAAGAAGAGUUCUCCAAAAAUAAACUUUUCAUAGUGGAUAUAAUGAAAACCCUUUCAAACACAUCAAUCAAGUUCGCAGCAGUCCAGUUCUCCUCAGACUACCGCAAAGUCUUUGACUUUAAUGACUAUGAAGCCGGCACUGCUCACGAUAAACUUAUGAAGGAAGAACAUUUGAAUACUCUCACCAACACCCACAGCGCCCUGAAAUAUGUGUUGGAAAAACUCUUCCAAAACCCAGGUGCAGGUGCCUCUAAAGAUGCUACUCGAGUAUUGGUGCUAAUCACUGAUGGAGAUCCCAGUGACAAAGACAGACAUAAUAUUAUUAAAAGAUACGAUGAGAAAAACAUCAUUCGCUUUGUCAUUGGGGUCAAAGAUGCUAGUCUGGAUAAAUUCACAGCCAUUGCUUCAGAACCGAAAGAGAAAUAUGCCUUCAAAAUUGAGAACUAUGACGGACUUAAAGGAGUGCUGGAAAACUUCCAAAAAAAGGUUUUUAGCUUGGAAGGCUCAAAGGUGGCUCGGGCGGGAAACAUGAUAAAUGAGAUGUCACAGAGUGGAUUUAGCGCUGUCUUCCACAAGGACGCGUUGAUUCUUGGAUCAGUGGGAACUGACAGCUGGAGAGGUUCAAUUCAAGAGUUUCAUGGAGAAAGUGAAACAAAUAUUAAAGAUUCAGAAAUGCAGAUGGACUCCUACAUUGGCUACUCUGUCUCUGUUGGACAGAGGAGUAACGCUCCUCUAUACUUCACGGGAGCACCCAGAUUUCUGCACAUCGGACAGGUUGUACUUUUCCAACAUAAUGGAAAGAAGUGGGACGCAGCACAAAGAGUACUCGGGGACAAGUUUGGUUCCUACUUUGGUGCGGAGCUGUGCUCAGUGGACGUCAACUCGGACGGGGACACUGAUUUCCUUCUGGUGGGAGCUCCAUUGUUUUACCAGCCUACGGAGAAGAGGGAAGGCCACAUCUACGUCUACUCACUGACUGAUGAGAAGCAACUGGUAAAGGCACUUGAUGUGAAUGCACCUUCAACGGGGAGAUUUGGCACCACUAUAGCUAGUCUGGCAGACCUGAAUGGAGAUGCACUGCGGGAUGUUGCUGUAGGAGCCCCCCUGGAGGACGAGAACAGGGGGGUUGUGUACAUCUACCUUGGUGAUAGACGCAGAGGGAUGCGCAGCAGUUUCAGCCAGAAAAUCAUGGGUAAGAACAUACAGCCUGGUCUGAGAUUCUUUGGACAGGCCAUCGAUGGAGCCAUGGACCUUGGAGAUGACGGGCUCCCAGAUAUUGUGGUCGGAUCACAGGGCAUGGCUGUUGUUUUAAGCUCCAGGCCUGUCUUUAAUGUCAUAGCAAGUCUGUCUUUUCAACCUGAGGAGAUCAGCACUGAGAAAAUUGACUGCCUGAGCAACAAAGAUGAAAUCAUACCAAUGGUUGACAUAGCAGCCUGUUUUAAAAAAGUAGAAACCACAAAGAGCAAAACAGUGAGCCCUGGACUGAACAUCACGUACACGCUCGACGUGGAUCCGAUGAGACAAACUUCUCGGGGUUUCUUCCAACAUGACAGGAAAGUCAGGAAACUGAGCUUUACCCACGAGCUGGGGGAUGAAGACACCUGCUUCAACUUCUCCAUCAACAUGACAAAAUGUGUAGUAGACACGUUAUCACCCAUCAGUGUCAAACUACAUUUUUCACAAGUCGACAGUGAGGGUGCAAAAGCUGUCCUGAACGUGGACAGCAAAAGGGAGUCUGUUGUGGAGAUUCCCUUUGAAAAGCAAUGUAGUGGAAACGACGUCUGUGUCGCUGAACUCGAGGUGGACUUCAACUUCACGACCCCGACACUACUGGUGACAGAAGAUAAUUCCUUCAACGUGCUUAUACAACUGUCUAAUCAUGGGGAUGACUCGUACAACACAAGCCUCACAAUGCAUUAUCCCGUAGGCCUCUCCUUCUCCAGGAUGACUCUGACAAAGUGGACCAGACCAACACUUCACGAGUGUCUUGAUCUGGACGUGUUGGACAGAACCGUGUGUGGUGUCAGCCGCCCUGUGUAUCGCAGCCAUUCAGUUGCAACGUUUAAGUCCUCUUUCCGCAUCUUGUCCGACUUCGAGUGGAAUGACACAAUUUCAAUGAACAUAACAGGAAAUAGUGAUAACACAAACUACACCAGAACAACCUCCCUCAUCAAAACUAUCCCCGUACAGUAUGAAGUUAAACUGGCAGUGACUGUGGGAGAAGACUCAAUAACCUAUCUCAACUUCACAACAGACGAAAAGACUGCGCCCAAAAAACUGAUCGCACUGUACAAGAUAAAUAAUCCUGGCUUUAAGGGAUUUCCCAUCACUGUGUCCCUGUUUUUCCCAACCACACUGGAACAUGACUUUGAAAUUACAAGCUAUCGAGUCUUUGUCCCACAGAAUAAAACUGAAUGUUCCAACGUUGUCGACAUGAAAACUGAAUACUGCUCUCCUGAUAAACACUGCAAAAUGGUCAAGUGCGACAGUUUCAUCCUGGAAAAAGAAUCUGCUGUUGAAAUUGAAUUAUUGGGAGACGUACAAUUUAGGAAUCUUCAAGAGCAUGCAGCGAACGUCAGCUUUCUCAAGCGAUACAUCGGGGAUGGUGCAGAGGUUAAACUGAAAAGUUUUAUACACGUUGACUUCGACAAGCAAAGAUAUGUGCUGAACUCAAAUAAACAAGAGAAGUCUGAUGAAACUGGCCUGAGGAAAGACAAAGAUCCAACUGUGAAAUGGAUUGAAGUCCACAUUGAGCUGAUAAUCCCUCCUCAUCAACUCCAGAUCAUUUUAACGGGAGUAGGACUGGGACUCUUGCUUCUGAUCAUCAUCACACUCAUCAUGUUUAAGUUGGGUUGCUUUAGAAGGAAAACCGUCCAAGAUUAUCAAGCAGAAGAUGAUGCUUUCGAGGCUGACAACCCUACAAAGUUCACCCCACUUCCCACCAGCCAGACCGUGGACAAAUCGGACCAACCUCCAGAGGAAAAAAAGCUUGUUGAUGAUGGUGAGGCAAACAGCAAUUCUUUUGCUGCCUGAUAUAUAGAGAGAAGAAUUGAUGCCUAUAUGAACCUGCCGAGUUAUGAACGAUUCAAUUAUUACUGAAUGAAACUGGAAGGCAAGGCAAGUUUAUUUAUGUCGCACAUUUCAACAACAAGGCGAUUCAAAGUGCUUCACACAAGACAUCAAAAG